AUGGCGACCGCCAGUGAAAUCGAAAACAGGCUGAGUGUAGCGAAUCUUUUCGAGCUACAAGACAAUGAGAGACUCGUGGAGUCUAAUUCCCAUGUUCCUGGCCGAACUAUGUUCAAGGGAAGAGACAGCAAUACUUUAUCUUUGUUAAAUGCAUUAAGAGUCGAAGGAGAAGCAGGUUUCUGCGAUAUCAUCCUGGAGGUAGAAGGUCGUCAGCUGACAACACAUCGUUGUGUUUUGGCGGCCAACAGCCAGUUCUUUUACACCAUGUUCGGUAGCGGUAUGAAGGAAUCAAACCAAAAGAUUUUGAGCCUGUAUUCAGUUAGUUUUACAGCUAUGUCGCUUAUUCUCGAUUAUUUUUAUACCCGUGAAAUCCUCGUCGAUGAGGACAACGUUUUAGAUUUGCUACAUGUGUCGAGUUUCUUACUUGUAAUACCAGUGAAGAACGCCUGUAUAGACUUGCUCUCCAAACAGCUUACAAGUGAGAACUGUUUUAGCAUUCUUCAGGUAGCAGAGCAGUUUGGUGCGGACGUGCUGGCAAGAAAGGCAAAGAAUUUUAUCAAGGUAAACUUUUCCAUUGUAGUAAAGAAUGAAGAAUUUGCGUCGAUUCUGCAAAAUGAUUUGGUGUCCUUUAUUUCUGAUGAUGAGAUUCAAGUGGAGAAAGAGGAGGAGGUUUAUCAAUGUGUGUUGAAGUGGGUUGAACAUGAUGAGGCCAAUCGUGCCCCUGUUUUACCAGAUUUACUGAAACACUUAAGAAUGGCUUCUCUUCCAAAAGGAUUCCUUCAGUCAAGCAAAGAACCACUUUUGAAGGCAGCCAAAAUUCUUACUGUUCCUGCCCCAAAGAAAGGGAAGAAGAGAAAGUGGACAAGGAAAUCCAGAAAAGCAAAGGAUAUGAAAUUUGUUUUAGAGAAGCAGGUGAGGCCAUCAACAGAGAUGCAUGAUGUUCUUGUUGGAGUUGGAACUGGAGACUGCCGUAAAGCAUUUUGUUACGAUUUCAAAAAAAAGGAGCUUUUUUCCAUGGCAGACUUGUCACCCUUUGGGUACGAUGGACAUUUGGCUAUAGUUGGACGGACCCUGUAUUUAGUAGGAGAACAAAAGUAUGGAACUAAGGGUGUGAAGAAGGUCAGUGCCAUGUGUUUAGAUGACACAAAGAAACUGUGUUCUACACCAGGAGUUAAAGUUCAACUUGAAUGGAAAGUGAAAGCAUCCUCUAAAGAACUCGGUUUGAAGGGAUCCCUUGUUGCCUUUCAUGAGCUUUUGUACUACAUUGGUGGAUGGCAAACAUCUGGUUGCUGUGGUACAGUGGAGUGUUACAAUCCAGAAUUGGAUGAGUGGAGAACUUGUGCAGGACUUGAUACACCCAGAUGUUUUGCUGGCUGUGUUGCAACUGAGUCCCACAUUUACAUUGUUGGUGGAGGAACAAGUUAUAUUAGAGAUACAGCACUUUGCAGUGUUGAAAGGUAUGACCCAGAUAAAGAUUCUUGGUCUUAUGUUGCUCAUUUGAGAGAAGCCAGGUCAAUGCCAGGGUGCGUGUUCUGGGGCAACAAGAUCUAUGCCAUUGGAGGAAUUGAUUCAAGUGGAGUUGAAACCACCAGCUGUGAGGUGUAUGCCCUAAGAAUCAACGAAUGGCACACCAUUGCAAAACUGCCCUACCCUCAUUGUCCAGUCAACAAUGUUAUCAUUGUUAAUAACCAGGUUACUGUUCCUCUCCAACCUGAGACCACAUCCUCCUCCUGCGAUGCUGUGAAGUACAACGCACGGUCCAACAAGUGGCAGAAAGUGAAAAACCUCACCAUAAGUGACAAGAUAGGCUCCUUUAACCUCCAAACCAUUAAGUUACCACAACUGAUUUUACAAAGAAUGUGUAAAGAAUAUUGGCCGACAGAUUUUUUUGCAGAUUGGAGAGAUUCUGAUGAUGAGGAUGAUGCCUAUUUUGACAGUGAUAGUGAAACUUCAAGUUUUGACUGGAAUUGGAAUUCAGCUAGUGAUUUUGAUGAUUACCAUUUAGAGUCUGAAGGUGAAUUUGAUUACUUGUUUUUCUAA